CUUGAUCCGUACCCGUGCCUAGGCUGACGUCGGCUGAAAAACUUGUCAACUGCCUUGGACCAGCAGAGCGACCUACUCGAGGCGGCAGCAGAGAAACGGAGACGAGGUAGCAAACAUGGGCGGCAAUGAGAAAAGAGUGGCUCUGUCCCUCUCAUUGUCAGGUACAGCAUCGAAGAAAAUGAAGAAAGAGGAGCCGCCAUUCAUGCGAGGUCCAUCGUCUUGGACAAAGACAGACUCCAAAAUAACGAACCCGUUUGUGGCGCACCGUGCAAUGGCUGAGCGGGAUCUGCACGUGAACAAGUACAUUGGGGGCAAAAUAGACCACGAAUUGCUGCAGCGCAUAUUAUUUGACUACCUGCUGCCUUUACUGGAGCUUGUCAGAGAUACUUUUGGUGACAAGGCUGGCGAGCUAAAUAACCGUCUCUCUUUCGUAGCCAUUCCCAUCCUCAUAAUGACCCUGAGCAAGAAGACUGCCCCCAACCCUGUGCCUCUCCCAGAGGCCCAAAGUGCUGCAGUUCAAGAAGCUGUGGAUGUAUUGAAGAGGCUUCCCGAGCAGCUGCAGGGAAACGCUGAAAUGCUGCACAAAAAGAUCGUCGCUCUGACAAGCGAUCUCUCAAGGCUUUUGAGAAUCAAUGAUGAGGGGUCCAAGCAGGAUAUGAAUGAGGACGACGAUGAACCUGAGUACUGUCGCUUCAGGUCUCGGAUGGACCAGGAGCAGGAGUUAGCAAAUGUGUUGGAGCAUGCAACCAGAGCGGAGCCUGAGCCAGAAGGGGCUGACGUGGUGACACCCAAAGAUCAGAUGAAACCGCCAGUGGAUCCUCAGAUACACCCCGCUAGCGAUUCGCCUGACAGCUUCUGUGAGCCCGAUUUCACCCACGAGCUGACCAUGGGCCACUGGUCGGUUGACCUCGGGUUGAAAGUGCGCGACAAGCGCUUUCCAGACCUGCCGAAGAUGAUCAAGAACCUAACAGAUGGCAAGGGGGCCGCCACGAUAGUGGUCAGUGAUGAGUCUCAAGGGGGCUUCAACCAGCUGGAGGCCUACUCGUGUCACCAUCUGCUGGUCAACGCGAGCAAUGGGCGGUACUCUCCGGUCUACAGUCAGCUCUUCAAUGUUGAACACUAUUUGGGGGCCGAAACAGUUCUUACGACCAUCAUCGAACUGGAUGAGUAUGGCAAGAUCACCCCGGAGGCGCUUGCCGCGGCGCACGAAUUACAGAAGAAGGUGUUCAAGCAACAACACCCAAGAAAGGUGUUCGACGAGGCGAUGCUGGUCAGCAGGGACCAGCUCGAGUCCCAGUUGAAGGAGGCGGAGGAGCUUCUGCAAACACGCUAUGGUGUAAAGCCAGAGGAUGCCCGGCUGCCCGCCAGGAAGUACGUCGUCGGAGACUUCUAUCGAAACGACUCGCUUCAUACUUUUACAAAAGUCCCCCUGAUUGGAGAACCGGGACCGUCGACGUGGGCCUUCCUGGAGAGCCAACUUCUAAUCGGAAUUGGUCAACGGGUCACGAAGUGGACGUGGGAAGACGUGAGGACGAGACUGGAGGAAGAUCUGCAUAAAAGGGCGGUUCGCCGCGACAAGAUGUUGAAGAGGAUGGACAGGAAGGGUUGGGCUCGCGAUUGGAAAAGGCAUGGAGAGGCAAGAAACCUGGAGGAAUUAGUGUGGGACAAAGCGGAUUUGUUGUGAUCACGUGUUCCCUCCGCCCGUUGCUGAUUGAAUGAGUAAAUGCUGAAGGAGUGUUUGCAAUGAUAGAAGCGAACGGAUUUUUGGCCUUUUGCACCAGACAAAUUGCGUCUUGCAUUGCUACUGUGGAAAGCGCUCGCUACCAAUGUCGUACUUGUAACAGAAAGUGCUUCCUAGCAGGCAAUUAGUUGCAUAUAUGUGCGUUCAAG